AUGGUCAAGUUCCGCGGCAUUGAGGUCUGCAUCAUCUCGCAGUUCGAUAUUUGCCGAUUGCCUGAAUUCCGGUAUCCCAAACCUUACCAACCGGCGGACCCUUUCCAAGUGCAGGGUCAGGGCAGCCAUGCCCCCGAAGAAGCCACAUCGUCCCCCAGUCCAACUGCGUCUUGCUAUGUUCCCGUCUACCCCGGUAGCCAGAUCUGGUUCGAGUACACUAUCGACGGGCCUCAUCCUCCAGGGGCUGCCUAUUUCUUCAAGAUGUUCCUGAACGGAAGGGCCAUCACGGCAUGGGAUUGUACGGCAAAGCAUGGGUUUCAUGGGAAAAUGAUGUAUAACCUGGUGCCCGGAGGCGUCGAUCCGAUGACUGGUGAAACUGGAGUCAGGAGACAAGCAUUGAAGUUUGGAGCCGGAUCGGAAGAACGUGCAGGAGGGGGACUGCAGGGAGACUUGAUUCAAAUCAAUGUGCAUAGGAUCGAGCACAGGAAGAGGAUCCGAGACCUACAACAUGGGCUUGGGUCCGUGGAUAUCAACAGCAACAACGCGGUUGGACUGCGUGGUCUCCUGGAACCAGGCUUCCGUCCAAGACGGUACCAAUACCAACUUCUCGACCGGGUUGACAUGCCUUAUGCAACAUUCCGGUUCUACUGUCGCUCAUACGGUGAGUGA